AUGGCGUCACAGAAGACGACACAGUCAGAUGGCGAUGCCAUUCACUAUGGCAAGAUCUACUCCAUCUCAGGUCCCGUCAUUGUCGCCGAGGACAUGAUUGGUGUUGCCAUGUACGAGCUGGUCAAAGUUGGUCACGACAACCUCGUCGGUGAGGUUAUUCGAAUCAAUGGCGACCAAGCAACCAUUCAGGUCUACGAGGAAACCGCCGGUGUCAAGGUCGGCGAUCCUGUUGCGCGGACGGGCAAGCCCUUGUCCGUCGAGCUGGGCCCCGGUCUGCUCAACAGCAUCUACGACGGUAUCCAGCGACCACUAGAAAGCAUCUCCAAGAUGGCAAAGUCCAUCUAUAUCCCUCGCGGUGUCGCCGUCCCGGCCCUCGACCGAGAAAAGAAGUGGGAGUUCACCCCUCAGCUCAAGGUUGGCGACCACAUCUCCGGCGGCGAUGUCUGGGGACAUGUGUUUGAGAACUCUUUCUUGUCGGUCCACAAGAUCUUGUUCUCUCCCCGAGCUCGAGGUGUCAUCACCAGGAUUGCCCCCAAGGGCGAGUACACUGUGGUCGAAAAGAUUCUCGAGGUUGAGUUUGACGGCAAGAAGACGGAGUACCCCAUGAUGCAGAGCUGGCCCGUCCGAGUUCCCCGUCCCACCUCCGAGCGUUUGACCGCCGACCAGCCCUUUGUUGUCGGCCAGCGAGUUCUGGAUGCUCUCUUCCCCAGUGUCCAGGGUGGUACCGUUGCCAUCCCCGGUGCUUUCGGCUGCGGCAAGACUGUCAUCAGUCAGUCCGUGUCCAAGUUCUCCAACAGCGACAUCAUCGUCUACGUUGGCUGCGGCGAGCGCGGUAACGAAAUGGCCGAAGUCUUGAAGGACUUCCCCGAGCUCACCAUUGACGUCGACGGCCGCAAGGAACCCAUCAUGAAGCGAACCUGCCUCAUCGCCAACACCUCCAACAUGCCCGUCGCUGCUCGUGAGGCCUCCAUCUACACGGGCAUUACGGUGGCCGAAUACUUCCGCGACCAGGGUCUCAAUGUCGCCAUGAUGGCUGAUUCAUCCUCUCGAUGGGCCGAGGCCCUGCGUGAAAUCUCUGGUCGUCUGGGAGAAAUGCCUGCUGAUCAGGGUUUCCCCGCCUACCUGGGUGCCAAGCUCGCUUCCUUCUACGAGCGAGCCGGCCGAGCCCAGACUCUGGGAUCGCCCGAGCGAAGCGGCAGUGUCAGCAUCGUCGGUGCCGUCAGCCCUCCCGGUGGUGACUUUUCCGACCCUGUCACCACCUCCACCCUCAACAUUGUCCAGGUCUUCUGGGGUCUGGACAAGAAGCUCGCUCAGCGAAAGCACUUCCCUUCAAUCAACACUAGCGUCUCGUACAGCAAGUACAACAAUGCCCUCGACAAGUGGUACGAGCAGAACAACCCCGAUUUCCCCAGGCUACGCGAGCGCAUCAAGCAGUUGAUUUCCGACUCGGAGGAGCUGGACCAGGUCGUGCAGCUCGUCGGCAAGAGCGCCCUGUCGGACAACGACAAGAUCACGCUCGAUAUUGCCGCCCUCGUCAAGGAAGAUUUCCUGCAGCAGAACGGUUACUCCGACUACGACCAGUUCUGCCCCCUCUGGAAGACGGAGUGGAUGAUGAAGCUCAUGAUUGGCUUCUACGACGAGGCGCAGAAGGCCAUUGCUCAGGGCCAGAGCUGGGCAAAGGUCCGCGAGUCAACAAGCGACCUGCAGACCAAGUUGCGUCAGCUGAAGUUUGAGGUGCCCACCGAUGGCGAGGACGUGAUUGUCAAGAAGUACGAGGCUAUUCAACAUGAGAUGCUGGACAAGUUUGCAUCAGUCGCAGACGAGUAA